GACAUGAGUGACAGUUGGAGACUAGCCAAGUAAUGGAGCCAGAGGACGAUUUCCUAUAUAAAUACAAAGGAAUCUAUUUCGUAACUGGCUUAUCUUCACCCGAAGGUAUAGAUUUACUGGACAGUUUGGAAAUCCGAGAUGAUGAUAUAUUCAUAAUCACAUAUCCUAAAUCUGGCACAAUAUGGACUCAGAAUAUUGUGAACCUGAUUCUUCAUGAAGGUCAUCGAGAUGAAACUGAAAAUAUUACCCUGAUUGACCGAACACCAUGGCUGGAGUAUAAUUUGUUGCAUGUAGAUUUUCCCAGUCGCCCAUCGCCUCGUCUCUUUAGUUCCCAUCUGCCCUACUAUUUGGUACCCAAAGGAUUACGAAGUAGAAGAGCAAAAAUUAUUUAUGUGUUUAGAAAUCCAAAGGAUAUCUUGGUUUCUAGCUAUCAUUUUCACAAAAUGUCAGUCAAAAUAGAAACCCCAAAAGACUUCAGUACUUUCUUUGAGAAGUUUUUGGCUGGAAAAGUGCUUUGUAGUUCGUGGCUAGACCAUGUAGAAGGCUGGUAUGCUCAUAAGGGUGAUUUCAAUAUUCUCUUCCUUUCUUAUGAAGAAAUGAAAAAGGUAGCAAACGAGAGGCAUUUGUGUCUGCAACACCCUUUGGGAAGGGUUAGCCACGACCUGUGACGGUACCAGCCCUGUUCCUGUUUCUGCCCUGGUUUGAUAAAUUGAGAUGGAAGGGUGAGCCCAGAGUAGAGGUAUUGAGACAUCCGUUCUACCAAAGCAGAGUUGAAAGUGCACGUUCCCAGCAG